CGUUAGCCCACCAUGUCAUUCGCAGGGAGACGCAGGGGAAACAAGGUUAAAAAGGGUGUCCAGUUCACCGUUAUGGUCGUUGGGGCCUCCGGAACUGGGCGUACAACCUUCGUCAAUACCCUCUGUGAAUCUGAGGUCUUGGCUCAUAAGAUUUCCGACGACCCAGAAACUGCACACGUUGAGGAAGGCAUCAGGAUCAAGCCUGUCAACGUUGAAUUGGAGGAAGAUGGAGUUCGCAUUGCGUUGACUAUCGUCGACACGCCUGGUUUUGGUGAUAACAUUGACAACGAGUUCGCCUUUCAAGAGAUCGUUGGAUACCUUGAACGCCAAUACGAUGACAUCUUAGCUGAAGAAUCUCGCAUUAAGCGUAACCCUCGUUUCAGAGAUAACCGGGUUCAUGCCCUCCUGUACUUUAUCCCCCCGACCGGUCACGCGCUACGGGAAAUGGACAUUGAACUUAUGCGCAGACUUUCUCCGCGCGUGAAUGUAAUCCCCGUCAUUGGCAAGGCGGAUUCCCUGACUCCUAGUGAACUGAAAGGCUUCAAGAAAAGGAUCAUGGAAGAUAUCGAAAAUUAUGAUAUUCCCGUAUAUAACUUCCCUUACGAUGUCGAGGAAGACGACGAAGAGACAAUUCAAGAUAACAGUGAACUUCGUGCUCUGUUGCCGUUCGCAAUAAUAGGCUCAGAGGAGGAAAUUGAGAUUGAUGGACAGGCCGUUCGUGCCCGAAUCUACCCCUGGGGUAUCGCUGAGGUGGACAACCCAAAACAUUCCGACUUUAGCCGUCUCAGGAGUGCCCUUUUGAACUCUCACCUUGCCGACCUCAAGUCAUUGACGCAUGAUGUUUUGUACGAAACCUACCGUACAGAGAAGUUGUCUCGAACAGUUCAUGCCGAUACUACUCAGGAUUCCUCUAUUCUCCCAGAGGAGCUUGCGUCGCAAAGCGUGCGCCUUAAAGAGGAACAGUUACGUCGUGAGGAGGAGAAGCUCCGGGAGAUUGAACUCAAGGUGCAACGCGAGAUCAACGAGAAAAGACAGGAGCUUCUCGCCAAAGAAGAAUCUCUUAGGAACUUGGAGAGUCGCCUGGCUGCCCAAGGGUCGCAACCAGAGUUCCGUGAUUGACCGUUCCCAAAAUUGUUUCAGGCUGUGGCUGUAUACCCUUUUCUUAUUGUUGGAUUGCGCAGCGUCGUUCUUUUGAUACGCAUGGAUAAUCAGUACCUUCCUUUCCGCCGUCAUUCCCUUGAUAGGUUUCGUAUUACUUUUGAUAAUCGUAGGAGUUGUGCAAUCGAAUUCUAAUACCAAUACCAAUUAAA